GAUGUUUCUCUGCGGCAAAAUUAACCGUCUCUACCAACAAAAGUGCGUCCGAGCUCAUGGUAGAAAACUACUUGCAGCGAUGGAUCGGUCUAUCGAAAGUUCAACAGUCCGUUUUCUUUAGUGUCCGGGUGGAAAUCACUGGAGUGUCCGUCGUCCUGUCCCAUCAUGGCUCACAGUGCCAGGAGAGACUCUCCUAAGCUGCCCGACUUUUCUCUGCUGAAGCGGUUAGCCAAAGAUCAGCUCGUCUACCUGCUGGAGCAGCUACCAGGUAAGAAGGACCUCUUCAUUGAGGCAGACUUGAUGAGCCAGCUGGAUCGUAUCGCUAAUGUGUCUACAUUAAAGCAACAUGAAGUCGACAAACUAUAUAAAGUGGAGUACAAACCUAUUGUCAGCACCUCAGAUCAGCUCUGUUUUCUGAUCCGGCCAAGAAUAAAAACUGUGAAAUGGAUAUGUGAUGUGGCCAACGCCGACAAAGCAGCAGGAAGAUUUAGAAGAUACAAGAUAAUCUUCACCCCUCAAAAGUUCUAUGCCUGUGAGUCGGUGCUGGAGGAGCAGGGUUUAUUUGGUGAUGUGACCACAGAUGAAUGGGCGUUUUACCUCCUUCCACUUGAUGAUGAUAUCAUCAGCAUGGAGCUGCCAGAAUUCUUUCGAGACAACUUCCUGGCAGGGGACCAGCGCUGGGUUAGAACAGCAGGCAGCACUCUGCACCUUCUUCACUCUAUUUAUGGCCCAUUUUCAAAGAUUUAUGGGAUUGGAAGAUGUUCCAAGAUGGUAUACGAGUCUUGGAGGGAGCAGGUGGAAGAGGAAGAAACAAAAGCUCGUCAGUCUGAAAUAGGAAACGUUUUUCUUAUCGAUAGAGAUGUGGACUUUGUUACUCCUCUGUGCUCACAAGUCGUCUAUGAAGGACUCGUGGAUGAUAUAUUCAAAAUCAAGUGUGGAUGUGUGGGGUUUGGAACUGAUGCCACCUCAGACAAAAAUGUGAAAGUCAUGUUGAACUCCCAGGAUAAGGUCUUCAACGAAAUCAGAAAUGAGCACUUCUCUAAUGUCUUUGGCUUACUCAGCCAGAAAGCCAGGAAUCUGCAAACUGCAUAUGAUAAGCGUCGGGGGAUGGACAUAAAGCAGAUGAAGACGUUUGUCUCAGAGGAACUGAAGGGGUUAAAACAGGAGCACCGGCUACUCAGUCUACACAUCAGCGCUAGUGAAACCAUCAUGAAGAAGAAAACAAAGCAGGAUUUCCAGGAGAUGUUGAAGACAGAACACUCUUUACUUGAGGGAUUUGAAAUCCGUGAAUGUAUUUCUUUUAUAGAGGAGCACAUCAUCAGACUGGUCUCCAUGAUAGAAAGUCUGAGGCUCCUUUGUCUUCUCUCCAUCACAGAAAACGGACUCCUGCCAAAAGAUUACCGGUCAUUAAAAGCACAGUUUCUACAGAGCUAUGGAGUGGAACACCUGCUCACAUUCGCCAAUCUAAAGCAGUUGGGGCUCCUGGUGGAGCAGCAGCCAGGAGAAACCCUGACUGCCAUGGAGAGCAAAGUGGGCAAACUGGUAAACGACAAAACUGCAGGAAAGCUGACUGAUGCCUUUUCCUCCCUGGCAAAGAAGAGCAAUUUUAGAGCCCUGAGCCGGAAGCUAAACCUGGUGCCCAAAUCGGAUGAAGAAUACAACCUGCGUGUCCCUCCAGAUAUGGCUUACAUCUUCAGUGGUGCCUAUGUCCCUUUGAGUUGCAAACUGAUUGAGCAGGUGUUGGAGCGAGAUGGCUGGUCGGGGCUUGAAGAGGUCACAAGGCUGCUGAAUGGACAUGAAUUUUCUGUCACAGGCAACAAUGGAGCUGAUUUAAGAGCAAAUAAUGAUGCUCCUCGCAUCGUCGUGGUCAUGUUCCUCGGUGGCUGCACUUUCUCCGAGAUCUCAGCCCUGCGUUUCCUUGGCAAAGAGAAAGGUUAUAAAUUCAUUGUGGUGACAACUGCCAUUACAAACAGUUCAAGGCUACUCGAAGCUUUGCUUGAAAACCACACGAGGCCUGUCAACACUUGAUGAUGGACAGCAACCUGACGCAUUCCUGCAGACAUUCAUCAUGCAUUCCAUCCAGCUCUGGAAUUACAAAUGGAAAAUGUUAAUUUCUUAUUUGCUCUUGUUGUCAAAUGGACUGAAAAUAUGUGUAAAGGAAAAAGUAAAUGUUUUUAAUAGAGUUUGAAGGAUUUCCUUCACAACACAAAUUAAUGAUCAAUGAGUUCAACAGCAGGUUCCAAUUCCUGCUAAUGUCCAGCAACAUUACAGGGUCAUUCAGGGGGAGUGGGCCAAUAUUCCACAGACCACAAUCUCAACUAUGAAGAAACUGUGAGGUCAGUGGUAGCCAUACCAGAUACUGACACCCAUUAUCUGCUCCCCCUAAAGAAGUCUUAUAUGAAGCUUUAAUUCAAUGCCUAAUAAAGGUGUUAAAGAUGAA